GUGACCUCCCGGGCAGCCAAUGCGGAGCGGCGUGUGGGGAAGGUUGGAUUGGUCGGUGCGGGGCUUCGUACACAGAGCUGGAGGAAGGGAAGAGGAAGCGGCUAGAGGGGCCGCCGGGGAGCAUGGAGCCGUUGUGCGUCUGACCGGAGCGCAGCCGUUUGCACCGCCACCAUGGCCACAUCAUCCGAAGAAGUGUUACUGAUCGUGAAGAAGGUGCGUCAGAAGAAACAAGAUGGGGCCCUUUACCUGAUGGCGGAGAGGAUUGCCUGGGCCCCUGAAGGCAAGGACCGGUUCACAGUGAGCCACCUGUAUGCAGACAUCAAGUGUCAAAAGAUCAGCCCAGAUGGCAAAGCGAAAGUCCAGCUGCAACUUGUCCUCCACGCGGGGGAGUCAUCAAACUUCCAUUUCUCGAAUGAAAGCACAGCAAUAAAAGAAAGAGAUGCCGUGAAAGAGCUUCUGCAGCAGCUGCUUCCCAAAUUCAAAAGGAAGGCCAACAAGGAGCUGGAGGAGAAAAACAGGAUGCUGAAGGAGGACCCCGUCUUGUUCCAACUCUACAAAGACCUUGUUGUCAGUCAGGUGAUCGGCGCUGAGGAAUUUUGGACCAAUCGUCUUAAUCUAAACUCCCUGGACAGCACCGUGUCGAACAGCAAGCAGGAAGUGGGGAUUUCUGCAGCUUUCCUGGCGGAUGUUCGUCCUCAGACUGAUGGAUGCAAUGGCCUGAGAUAUAACCUCACUACAGAUAUCAUUGAGUCCAUAUUUCGCACCUACCCUGCAGUGAAGCUCAAGUACGAUGAGAAUGUUCCCCACGACAUGACGGAGAAGGAUUUCUGGACCCGAUUCUUCCAGUCACAUUAUUUUCACCGAGAUCGUCUAAACACGGGAUCCAAAGACUUGUUUUCCGAGUGCGCCAAGAUAGACGAGAAAGGUUUAAAAUCUUUGGUUUCUCAAGGGGUGAAGAAUUCAAUGUUAGAUUUAACAUCCCUGGAUGACAAGAGUCUGGAUGAGGGAUACGGGAUUUCCUUCGGGCCUUCCACUUCAAAUGCAAAAUCUGUGAAAGAGAACAGCAAUGCCGCCAUCAUCAAACGAUUUAAUCACCACAGUGCCAUGGUGCUGGCAGCAGGUCUCCGAAAAGAAGAAGCACAAAAUGACCAAUGCAGUGAGACGGGUAGCACAGACGGCAAUUCUCGGGAUUCGGAUUUCUUUCAGCCCCCUGUAAAGAAGGUGAAGCUGCAGGAGGCCAUAGACUACGAAGAUCUGGGACAACAGAAUGGUUUGAAGCCAAUAGCACUUAAUCUUAAAAAAUCCGAUAGGUAUUAUCAUGGUCCAACGCCAAUCCACUCCCAGCAAUAUGCAACCAGUCAGGAUAUUAUUCAUUCUCUGAACAGUAUUAAACAACAAAUGGACAACUACGUACCAAGUCUAACUCAGGUUCUUUCAAGCUCGGCUGCUAGUAGUACCAUGUCGGCUCUCUCGCCAGGCGGGGCCUUGAUGCAGGGAGGGGCCCAGCAAGCCAUAAACCAGAUGGUGCCAAAUGACAUCCAGUCUGAACUCAAGCAUUUAUACGUGGCGGUUGGCGAGCUGCUACGCCAUUUCUGGUCCUGCUUCCCUGUCAAUACGCCUUUUCUAGAGGAGAAGGUCAAUAAAAUGAAGAGUAACUUGGAAAGGUUUCAGGUUACUAAAUUGUGUCCAUUCCAGGAGAAAAUCAAGAAGCAAUACUUGAGCACAAAUCUCACGAACCACCUGGAGGAGUUGCUGCAGACGGCCUACAACAAGUUUCAGAUAUGGCAAUCUCGCCGUUCGCUAAGGAAAACGUGAGAUCCCCUCUCCAGCACUUUAUUUAUAUAUAAAAAAAAAAACAACCAAACGCCUCGCAAUCCGCGAUGGGCAAUGGAGAGCAAAAAAUCAUCUUCGGAGCCUGGCAAGACGUGUUGCGCACGCACACACAAGAGACGUGUUGCGUUUGGCGAGAAGCUUUCUAAGAUCCUCGGCAUUGAGUUCGGGCAGAAAGAACGACUGCGAAACUUCACAACCGAGUGAAAAAAAAUCACGUCGGAACAAAAACUUUAAUACACGAUGGCCAAAAGGGGGGGGGAGGGGGAGAGAAUGGCGAGAGAUGUACCGUUUCUGCGAUCGCUCAGGAACCGCUCUAAUUCCUCCCUUUUUUUUCCUGGUGGGGAAAAAAAUAAAAUAAAAAAAUAAAGCUGCUUGGAAUUCUUAUGACGUUACGUUUUGUGGAUUCAACUGAAAAAAAAAAAAACUUGACAAAAAUAUGAUCUUCUGUAUAUUUCAUUUUAUAUCUGUGUGGCACAGGGUAUGGGAUAUGUCCUUUGGUUUCACCUGAAAUUCAAAGUUUAAUUUGUAAAUGUUUUAUUACGUGCCCCUUUUUUUUUUUUUUUUUUUCUUAAAUGCAAAACUUUAUUUAAAAUAACACUUUUUUUCUCAAACUCCCAAGGAGAAGUGAAAUAUUUUUGCACUGACUUAAAUAUAACGAAUAUCAAGCAUUCUGAACGGCGACGCUUUUCAAAGCCAUUGAGCGUUCAGGGAGGUUGUCUUUCUGAGAGAUGUCAAAGGUUGGCUCGCCAAAUUACUGUUCGCGGGGAGGAAAUGAGGAUCGUUUUUUUUUUCCAUUGUUAUGACUGUUACUGUAUUAGACAGCGACUUGAAAAAAAAAAAUACAAAUUUGGUGUGCUUAUGGUGAUCGCCGAGCCUGUGCCAUAGAACGUGGUUCGGAUCUGUUUCUGUUUCGGAGGACGUUGU